UGCAUGUUACAUUUUCUGAAUAUGAAAAGGGUUAACGUGGAUGCAAAUCUAAUGUUCUGACUAUGACGUCCUUAACGUCCUCGAUAAUGCACUGCUGUGUGCUUACAAUGUAUAUCUAUGUCUUUUUGCUUUGUUGUACACACUGAGGUACGAAUCAAAGGGAUUGUGGCAUUGCACAGAUGCUGGCAAUUAGAUUGGAAGGUUAAUAUUUAAUUUAAUGGGGAAAUGUGUGUGUAAAAUGCUACAUUUUCACAGAUCAUGAAUCAUUUAGGUCAUCUUUUAAUCUGUUGACUUCUCUUCCAGCUAAACGGAAAUAGCUGCCAGCAGAGGAACAGGUAACCAAUAGAUGAUCAGCAAAAGGAGCUGGCUUAUUAAACACAAUCUUAAUAUACAUCGUUUUACAGUUUUUCAUAUCCAGUAAGUGUUUGGUUGCAGUUUUAUGUGAUAUGAAGUUUAGCUUGUAAAUGUCAACAAAUAUAACCUUUAAGUAUAUUGGAACCAAAUGCAGGCGUACUACAAUUGCGAACUUUGUGUACAACUGUGUCAGAUAUUUUAAAGCACGAUGUGCUAUUUAAAUGAUCAUCUAGGCAAAGAUAAAUUAGAAUAUGAAGAGAUGUAGAGUUUGUUCACUCUCUCCACAAUUUAUGUAAAUAAAAAAAGCGAAUUUUAAAAAUAUACUACUUUGCGAAUACCCAACGUAAAUUUAGCAGCACGUAUUUGAAUGACAAAAGUUAGACGUACAUUUUUGCGCCCACUUCCUCCUUUCUCCUUUCUCUUUCCAUUUCGAGUAAGUUGUAUCACCGUCAUGGAAUUCCUCUGAAUUACCGCUAUAUUCACUCCAGAGCGGGUGCUCCGUUCAGUCAGAAGAACAGCUCUCUUGAGAGUCAUUUUGGAGCACAAUGUCGGGCCUGUACCACACUAUCAGUCAGAUCACUGAUGAGCUCAGCACCGAUGAAUGCAAGCGGAUCUCUUACCUGUGCGGCGCCCUUGAUCUGGACACGUUCUCUACAGAUCCCAGAGGUAUGCUACAGUCUGUGCUGUGCCAGAUGAAUUACGUGUUUCUCAUGGAGCUCAUUCUGAAAAUAAAACGCUAUGAUCUGCUGAGAGAAGUGCUGAGCACCAACAAGAGCACGGUUGAGGGGCUGCUAAAAAAUGGCCAUUCUGUAUCAGAAUACAGAGUGCUGAUGGCUGAUGUUAGUGAGGACAUGGACACAGAAAACCUGAAGUCAUUGACAUUCUUACUCCGAGGCACUUUACCAAAACACAAAUUGGACAAUGUCCAGAGUUUUUUAGACGUUGUAGUGGAGUUGGAGAAACUCGACCAGCUCUCCAGUGAGAAGAUGGACUUGAUUAAACACUGCCUGAGGUCCAUCCAUAGGGCCGAUCUAGCUAAAAAGAUCAGUCACUACCAGCAGACAGUGCUAAUGACCAACCAAGGAUCUUCACCUCCAGACAGACUGAAGUUCUGCACAAUGCCACCGCCAAAUAGCUCAUUCAGUGUCUCAUCAGCUUCCUGUAAUGUCAGGCCAGUGUCCAAAUUCUGUGAUAAACCGACCACAGUGAAGAAGAAACUACUUGGCACUAGCUCUUAUUGUCAGCAGCAGGAGGAAGUGUACAGUAUGCAGAGUGAUCCCAGAGGAGUGUGUUUAAUCAUAGACUGUGUCGGCACUGAAGGAGAUGAGCUGGAGCAGACAUUUAAGGCCUUACACUUCCAUGUGAUCACGCACAAGCUGCUGAGUGUGAGAGACGUGCAGUCCACUCUGAGGGAAGUGGCUCAUCAGCAGGGUCACUACAGAGCGUCUGCUUUUGUCUGCUGCAUUAUCAGCCGAAGCCGCUCUUCAGAUCUGCUGGCCACUGACUCUCACGGUCCAGGACUGAGCCUGGACACUGUCAGACGCCUCUUCACCUCAGACUCCUGCCCGGGCCUGGCAGGCAAGCCUAAACUCUUCUUUAUCCAGAGCUAUGAUGUGUCCGAGCCUCAGAGGUGUGCUGGGUGUAUGGAGGGUGGAGAGCUGGAGACAGACGGGCCUGUGCUCUUAUGCUGCAAGAGGACUGUCCCGGUGGAUGCGGACAUCUUCUGGAGUCACUGCUGGACUCGAGGAAAACAGCUGGAGGUGCCAAACCAUCAGUCUGUGUACCUGAAAGCCUUGAGAUCCUCCUUAACUGAGGGACAGAAAAGGAGGACUCAUUUGGUGGACUUGCACAUGGCGGUGAAUCGUGCAGUAUAUGAACACAAUCACAAAUCUCCAGAAUCCUCUUACUUUUUAAAUCUCAGGCACACUCUCAGGAAGACAGUCUAUUUGUCUUGAUUCUGUCAUGAACCCUUACGUUUAAGUGAAGGUAGAUGAUUAUUCAAGAACAUUUGAUGUUUGAGUAGAUGAUCAUCAUAAUGAUGUAUCUAUGAAUUGUAUCAAUUAUGAUUUGCAAAGUUUCAGUAAAUAAAUCUCAGGUUUUGUUAUUGUAGUUUCCUAUAUUGUCCACAUGUUGGCAGUGUGGUCCAGUGUUGGCAGUGAACUUCACCACCACGUGUUAAACUUGCUUUUAAAACAUCGGAACUGAUUGCCCUCAAUAAAACCAAAAUUGGUAAAAGAAAGUUUGAACAAAAGUCCCAAACACUAUUAAACUAUUCGAAUACUGAUAGCUUCAGACAUCCAGUGUCUACAGUCACAGGAAACUGUAUCACGCAUCAAAAUUACAUUAUAACCUAAAGGGAGACCUGGGACUUCAUCUAUGGAGAUGCAAGUUUUAACAAUGUUUAUCAUUCUAUUCUGUUUAACAUUAUAUUUUAUAUGUGUGUUUUUUCUCAUAAUGUGUGCUUAUGUUUGUCAUUCAAUGAAAUUGGUGCUAUUUGUAUACAUCUUGAACACGUGUAAACAUUUGACAAAGCAAUGAAUAACUACCAAACGUUACCAAAGUGAUAUAAAAAAAAUCUUGUAACUUUAUUUGACUUUUUUUUGUGCUUCCAACUUCUCCUUGCUAUACUAGCAAAGAUGUGCAUUUUAAAAGAAACAAAAAAAGAAGUCAACCCUGUUACU